AUGGAUGGGUACGAAGAGGAAGAGGAGGAGAUUCAGGUGAAGUACCGUCUGCGCGGCGAGUCCGAGUGGAUCGUCAAGAAGGAGGCCGUUAUGACGUUGGACAAGACACAAUGGUAGGUACGGGCCCUACACGGACUAUAUAAGCGUGCAUACGUCAAAUAGUCGUAGGGCCAGGCCUAAAUUAAUUCAUACAGGCCUACAGUAAUCUAACCAGGUUUCUGAAGACCUGGAAAGAGUGUGUUUAUUAUAUUAAAUUCGAAAGAAAGAAAAGCAUCAGUGUUCAGGGCGAUCCGUCUGAAGCUCAACAAACAGGGCGAGGGCCAGCAGUACUACAGUCUCCACGUGGCACUCCUCACGCCCGGAAUCACCGCCCGCACGCACAUCAAAUGCCACCGCGAGGGACAGGACUCGAGCGACUGGGACCAGGAGUACACUUUUGGCGCCCACCAGUCGGUGCUCGUCAAUCCGUGUCUGAUGAAAACUGAUAAUAAGGUGAGUGGAUAGUAUUUGUUUAGCUACAACUUCCCUAAUUUCAAUGCGGUUACGGUAGCUUGAACGGUAGGGCCACAGUUGAUUUUGACUCGAUAUUGUAGAGUUCUAAAACGUCCUAUGAGCCUGAAAAUUUUUUCCCAAACACUUGACAUCUAGUUCUUUGUUUUGGUAGUUGAUCAUUUUUCGGUACAACCCGUUUCAGGACUACUGUAGCUCUUGGAAGUUGACAAUAGCUACAAGCGUAUGAAUUUGAGAGCAAACUUCGAAAGGCUACAGUUAUUUUAGAAAAAAUGAUACAAAAAAAGUGUCAACUGCAAAAAUGAUCUGCUCAAUGUGUUCUUUGUUUCCAUAGUUGAUCAUUUUUCUGUACAAGCACUCUCAAGAUUACUGUAGUUGUUGGAAGUUGUGAUCUACAGUAAUCCUGGAAGUUGUUGUGCAGAAAAAUGAUCAACUACAAAAAGCGAGUACUAGAUGCAAAGUUUUUACAAAAACAUGACCCAUAGGACGUUUCGCAACCGUGCAAUCCGCAUUCAAACUUGGCAUUGUCUUUUGAACAACUAUUAUAGAUCCCCGACUUUAAAUUUCGCACCAUACCAAAAAAUUCGCCGAUUUUUCUCCUCACAGCUCAUUUUCCGCUCUCUCUUUUAUCAGUUGACAGCGCGCUACCAAAAUUUUAUCUAAAAAAGAUAAAAUUCAUUCAUUGCCCAGCGCCGAUCGGCCGUCCCAAUCGAUGUUCGUCGCGUGUCUCGUGGGGGGUGUCUAGAGGCGCAUGACCCACUCUCUGACUCUCUGUGCUCUCUCGCCUCGGCGUGCUCUCUCGCCAGCCGCGUGAGCGCACACUUCCACGGCUUUUCGGCGCGUUUUUAAUGGAAAAAUGGGAGAAAGGAGGGAGCGACGAAAAUGGAAAAGAAAAACAGUUGUACCGUAACCUACAGUAACCCAAGAGCACUUUUUUUUAGGAAAAGGUGACAUUUGUGGUGGUCCUCCAGUUGAUGUGGAGCAAGCCGAUUCCGUUUGAGCUCACAAAAGAGCUCGUGUGGCCGAAAGGCGAUUUCACACUGAAAGCGGACGGUAGAACGCUCAAAGUGGAUCAUGAGGUUGGUUUUUUGAAAUUGUAAAGCUUCUAAAUGAAAUAUUGGCAUCGAGUACUGUAUUGUUGUAGUUGAUCAUUUUUCUGUACAACCACUUACUGGAGUACUGUAGCUGUUGGAAGUUGGCACUGAAAUCCAGUAGCUAUUGUCCACGUCAACUUCUAACGCUCACAGUAUCUUUGGGAAAAGCGAUUCAAAAAUGUUAUAAACUACAAAAGUUUCGCAUCAAAUGUGAACUUUAUUUUUGUAGUUGACACUUUUUUUCUACAGUCACUCCUAAAAGUGCUGUGGCUCUUGGAAGUCAGGACUGAUAUCCAGGUGGCUAUUGUCAACUUCAACUUCCAGCAGCUACAGUAUCCCUGAAAUUGGUUGUACAAAAACUGUCAACUACAAAAAUCAAGUACUAGAUGUGAAGUUUCCAUAAAAAAGUUUUGAAAACCAUAGGACGUUUCGCAACUCUACAAUAUCCAUUCAAAUCCUAUCAAUUUUCGACUAAAAUAUGCAAAUUCCCCAAAUUCUUGUCUAAAUCGGCGAUUCAUACUAAUUGAUUGAAACUGACACCGAAUCACUGGGGCGGCGAUUUUUCGGAGAUAAAAGCCGCUCUGAAUGAAUGGGAUUACUGUAUUUGCGGCCCUUGUUACAGUACCUGAAACGACGUGCUCCACUGCUCGCCUACAUGUUCGAGGACGACGAAAAGUGCGAGUACGAGGUGAAGGACGUCAAGUUCGAGGAUCUCGUCGACGCGCUCGGAGCACUACAGCACAGAUGGGAGUUUGCGGGUGAGCAGCGCUUUUUUUCUGAGCAAUUUUGGCUCAAAACUCCCAAACUGUCACUCGUGGAAUUAUUUAACGGCUCCAGGCCGAUUUUUUUCGGUGACCGGCAUUCGAUAGCCCGUUUUGCAGCGGACCGUCUCGUCGAACUGAUCCGAUCGCGCGCCGACUCGGCUUCGAUCUCUGGGGAAAGUCGUUGGACCGCGAGUUCUCGCAGCUCGUCUUCCGUAACGACGUCGUCCGAAUCACCGAAUUGGCAGACGAGACGGCCGAGCGGCUCGACUUUGAGACGCCGUUCACGUGGACCAUCGAAGAGUUCUCGACGUUGAAAUCGUCGACUUCGAGCCCGAAUCAACACGUUUUGCUGGCGUCCGAUGACGGUGUGCACAAGUGUAUUCUCUACGUCUACGUGCAGCAAUUCUCGGGCACCAAGUACGUGUCGUUUGGCAUUCAGAUGAACACUUUCGAGGACGUCGACGAGAACGAGGAUUCGAAUAUGUUCGCCGAGCGGGAGGAGGACGACGACGACGAAUUCUUCGACGUCUACAUCAACGCGAUUUCGGAGAGCGGCGAUCGAGUGAUUCGCGAUCAGAUUCAUCGCAUUCAAGUGAACAAUAGUGUGAUCGUCGGCUCGCCAGUGUUCGCCAAACUCGACGACGUGCUUCCGUGGGUCAGCGCCGACGACAAAUUGACGAUCGAGUUCGGAUGGACGCAGAAUUUGGGAGAGGUGAAGCCCGGCGGCACUUAUGUUCUGCCGGGCACUGUUGACGCGAAAAUCGUGUGCGAUGAUACCACUUUGCGCAUCAAUAAAGAGGUAUUGAAAUGACUAUAUGAUAUUGGAAAAUUUAUCGACAAAAUUUGCAGUACCUGUGCCACCACUCCGACUACUUUUCCGGGCUCUUCUCGGAUCGUUGGGGCUCGCGGGACAGCGUGAAAUUGCCGGCGGAAAAGUUGAAAGUGCUGUCGGUCGCGCUGGAAAUGCUCUACAAUCGGCGGGUGAGCAUGAGUCCGGUGCUGUUGUCGCAGGUGCUCGACUGUGCGGAUCGGACGUGGAUGAGCCAGCUGACCGAGGGCAUCCAGCGGAUGUUGUGGAGCUCGCAGAUGGAGAUCGAGGACCGCGAGUGGCUCGCCGAACAGUUUCAGUUGAAGGACUUGGAGGUAACCGUUCGAUUCGAAACCUUACGAUUUACUGUUUGUUUUUCAGGUCAAAUGCACACUGGAGCACAAAAAAGAGCAGCUCAAACUCAAGAAAGUGUCUCGGAAGCGCGCGCGUCCGGCGGAUUUUAAAGACGAGCCGCCGAUGGCGCCGCCGCAACCGGGCCGGCCUUCACACGACCAGGAAAUGGAGGACUCGGCGCCGAUGCUCCAGCAGGAGGCGCCCCAGCUUCCGGAGCAAGUCAGCUCGUGA